GAAAGAAACAAUGUUAUUAUAAUUGAAUACAUAAUUCUCUAAAUUCUAUCUCCAAGAAAUGAUUACAGUAACCAUACAAUAAACCUCCUUGAAAAAAAUCAAACAUCUAAAAGAUAAGCAAACUUACCUUAUGUACAAUGCUAUUAAGAACUUAUUUACACACACCCAUGAAGAUAUACAUAUGCAAAUAUUACUCCCAUGCAUGAAGAUAAACACAUACAAAGAUUACUUACAUGCAUGAAGAUGUAUACAUAUAAAGCUUACUCUCAUGCACGAAGAUAUACACAUGUAAUGCUUACUCACACACAUGAAGAAUUAUUGAUAAAUUCUCACAAGCAUUCAUGAAGAUUUCACCUUACUUCCAUGCAAAUGUAAAUUUCACUCUUACAUGCAUGCACACAUAAAAACCUUACAUACAUACAUGUUUGUGUUUGUUCCCAUGUGUUCCUGGUUCCUGAUUAUUCCAGUGGAUCCUGAUUUGAAGAACACAAGAAAGUGAUAGAAGACAGAAGAGUGGCAAGCAACAUAAAAGGACAUAGAAGGGCUUUGAAAUUUUGGAACUUUUGAUCAUGAGGAUAUGUAAGAAUGCAUCAUACAUGUUAACAUCAUGUAUAUGCAUGCACGUGCUACAUAGAAUUACACUUUAGGAAGAUGUCUCAUGGAAUGGAUUGCUGCAUUAGAGAGACAAGUAUUUGAUUUCCUGGGAUAUCAAUGGGCUCCCAUCCUGGCCAAUUUCCUUCACAUCAUAAUUGUCAUCCUGGGCCUCUUUGGAACCAUUCAGUAUAGACCUCGAUACAUUGUGGUGUAUGCAGUGUGGACAGCCAUCUGGGUCACUUGGAACAUCUUCAUUAUCUGUUUUUACUUGGAGGUGGGAGGACUUUCGAAGGACAGUGAGCUUCUGACUUUUAAUAUCUCCCAGCACCAAUCGUGGUGGAGUGAGAAUGGACCAGGCUGUGUCCGGAAGGAAGCCCCAGUGGCUGGGAUCACAGGCUUGGACAGCCAGUCCUACAUCUCUGUGAUUGGCUGUACACUGGAGUAUCGGUACAUUGAGGUCAUGCACAGCUCCUUCCAGAUCCUGCUGGCGCUGGUGGGCUUUGUGUAUGCCUGUUACGUGGUCAGUGUCUUCACAGAGGAAGAAGAUAGCUUUGAUUUCAUUGGUGGAUUUGAUCCAUUUCCUCUCUACCAUGUCAAUGAAAAGCCCUCCAACCUAUUGUUCAAGCAGACAUACCUGCCUGCGUAAGUGAAGAAGAGGACACUGCACCAGUGCUCAGUAAAGAGGGUCCUUUUCUACCACAUGGAGACCCUGGUCUGAAGAAAUUCAUCCCAUCUUAUUCCUUAACACAAUGAAUGUACUUACUACUCAUGGCUGGGCCAUUUCCGUUCUGAGUCUGAGCAUCCCGAUGAUCCGCAUCCCCAUCCCAAGUGUCCUAGGAUCCUGGGCCUUUAACAUGCCUUGCCUCUGGCCUAGUUUCAAAAACUAAAGCCUGGAAAGUCCCACCUCUUCCCCCCAAACUCCUGCCCAUAUGUGGUCCCCUGGCCCACAGAGACAGAGGCAUGGCCAUGACCCAGCUGCAGAUGCCUACUUUUUUUUGUAAUUUUCUUUAAAAAAAAACAAAACAAAACAAAAACAAAAAUCACAAUAUAUGUGUUCACAGCUGCUCCCACCCCAUGGUUCAUGUCACAUGGGAUAUUACUUGCAUUAGUGAAGCAAAGUUGGUGAACUUGUAUAUUGUAGUGAUUCCUCCUGCUACCCCCAGCCUAGGUUGGCCUUUGGGUUAGGUACAAGACGUACCCCGGGCCUCUGUGAUGAAUUUGUUAUCCUUAUUCCAUGAUAUCAGAGCAGCGAGUCCUGAGCUAAAAGUGAGAGAGUUUGUCAAUGGAAAGUGGGGUAAUGAAAGAGAUGGCCAAGACAGGGGAGGCAUAUGUAUAUAUAUAUAUAUAUAUAUAAAAUAUGUAUGUACACACAGUUAAUGGAGCAUUCUUCAUGAGCCAUGGUAAUUGAGUGAACAAUUAAAUUCAAUAACCAUAUGCCA